GAUAUCAAAGCAGAGCUCAGACCGCGGGAAGCAGGAGAUGACGAAUGUCAUCUUCUUCUUCAACUCCCUCUCCCCCUUCCACUUCCAGCUUCCCAAGCCUCCGCCGUUUAUCACCUUCAUCAACUCUCAGAACAGGACCUCCGCUAAUUCUGCUACCUUGGUCGAUAAAACGCUGAUCGGAGCUGUAUCGGGAGUGCUCUCUUUUGGCCUUCUCUUCCACUCCCCAUUAUCUGUUGCGUUGGAUUAUUCGUCUGUGGAAACUUUUUCUCUGUCAGCUGAUUCUUUGCCGUCUUCUUCGCCCUCGACCUACGAUUCGUCUUGUAAUGAAGACGAGCUACGUGAAUUUGGAAACUCUGAGACGGGGUCCUCGCCGGCGACUAACGAGGAUAUCGUACGAGAGGCUUGGGAAAUUGUGAAUGAUAGCUUUCUAGAUGCUGGUCGUCAUCGCUGGUCCCCCGAAGCCUGGAAGCAAAAGCAAGACGACAUAAUGAAUAUUUCAAUCCAAAGUCGAUCAAAGGCUCACAAUAUCAUCCGGAAAAUGUUGGCCAGCUUGGGCGAUCCUUAUACCCGUUUUCUUCCCCCUGCAGAGUUCUCCAAGAUGGCGAGGUAUGACAUGACUGGUAUCGGAAUAAACCUUAGGGAAGUUCCAGAUGAUAAUGGAGGCAUUAAAAUAAAGGUACUAGGACUCUUAUUAGAUGGUCCUGCACAUUCCGCGGGCGUUAGACAGGGAGAUGAAAUUUUAGCUGUUAAUGGAGUGGAUGCCAGAGGGAAAUCAGCGUUUGAAGUAUCCUCAUUACUACAGGGCCCUAAUGAAACACUUGUGACUGUUAAGGUCAAGCAUGGCAACUGUGGACCAGUAGAAAGUAUGCAAGUCCAAAGACAAGUUCUUGCUCGAACCCCUGUCUUUUACCGCCUAGAGCAAAUGGACUUUGCCUCUUCUGUUGGGUACAUUCGCCUAAAGGAGUUCAAUGCAUUGGCUAAAAAAGACUUGGUUACUGCAAUGAAGCGUCUUGAGGACAUGGGUGCUUCAUAUUUCAUUUUGGAUCUCAGAGAUAAUCUUGGUGGACUGGUGCAGGCUGGAAUUGAAAUUGCAAAGCUAUUUCUGAAUGAAGGAAGCACGGUUAUCUAUACUGUUGGAAGGGAUCCUCAAUACCAAAAAACUGUUAUUGCAGACACUGGACCUUUAGUUACGGCUCCAGUCGUGGUUCUGGUGAACCAAAAAACUGCAAGUGCAAGUGAAAUUGUUGCUUCCUCGCUGCAUGAUAAUUGCAGAGCUGUUCUGGUGGGUGAAAGAACUUAUGGCAAGGGCUUAAUUCAGUCGGUUUUCGAACUUCAUGAUGGAUCUGGUGUCGCUGUCACUGUUGGGAAGUAUGUCACUCCAAAUCAUAAAGAUAUAAAUGGAAAUGGAAUCGAGCCCGACUUCCAAAACUUCCCAGCAUGGAGUGAUGUCACUAAGCGCCUUUCACACUGCUCCAUCCUUCAUCAAGGAUAAGACGGGUUUCCACGUGCACGGGCAUGAAAGUGGUUCAAAAUCAGUUUAUCCAGCCAUGAGUUCAUUAGGAUUCGGAACAAAUCUCAAUGUAGAUUCACUGAGAGGUGCAGACAAGAACCAUAGAGAAGUUUUGCAUCUAAUAAGCCCUUCUUUUAAGCAAUUAGAGGGCAUAGGAAUAUCUUUUAUGUGAUAUUUUUAAGAAAACUUGAAUCUUCCUGUUUGCUUGUUGUAAAUGGUUAUAAGUGACACUAGUCAAAUGUUCUGGAACUUCAGAUUGUUUGAGAAUUCGUCAGCUUGAAGAAAUGUAAAUUUAUACCUUCGUUCAGGCAGAAACACCUCAUUCAUUCA